GAGAAUCGUCACACCCCUAGAGAGGCAAAAGAAAACCUCCGCCAAAUUGCCGCACAAACAGCGCCAAAUCCCAAAAGAUCAGAACUGUACGCCAUAUGCCAAGAAGCUAUUAGGCGAUCUCAAGGCCGUCGUUAUCCAUUGAAGAUAAGGUCCCAACUCCCAAUUCCUCUCCAUUACGUGUAACCCACCAAAUCUUCCCUCACAUUUCACCGCCCCCUUUUCAAUCCCUAAUCUUUUCCUCAUGUUUAUCCCAUUCCCAAUUCACUUUCUUCACUCUGUUUCUCUCAAUCCGAACUGAAAUUCGAGGAAAUUGUGAACAGGAGCUUUCUGGGUGACCGGAAAAGGGUUCUUUAGUUCAAUAUUUGAGUUGGGUUUUCACCGUUCUGUGUGUUUGUGUGUGUGUGUGAAUGCAUUUAGUUGUGUGUUGAAUUCUUAAGAAACAAACAAAAGUUUUGCUGAUCAGACUUAUCCACUCGCUGUUGUGGUUGCUGUUGAGGGGUUUUAGUCUUGCCAAUCCAAUCACGGACCCCCCCAGUUCCAUAAAGUUCCUUAGAUCGAUCGAUUUCCCUUGAAUCAUUCAACAAAAGCGUUUCUGGGUUUUCGUUCUCGACGUUGAGAGGAUUUUCCCUUUUGGAGAUUUGGAGAUUUUUUGACCGAAGAAUUAUGAUGCGGCGGCAGCAGCAGCGGAAUUCCCAAUCGAGUGUUUUCUACGAGCUUUCUUCUCUUGCCAUGAAUAUUCUCCGAUCGCCUCCGUCGUCAAUCCCGUUUUCCGAUCACUCACCGGUGUUGCCGACGCAGAUGACCCCGGCCGGGUUUGCGUCGCUUCUUCUAGGGAUGUCUCUGGCUCUGAUGCUCUGUGGAUCGGUUACGUUCUUCAUCGGCUUCAUGAUGAUGCCUUGGGUUAUUGGAUUGGUUAUGUUUUUCUUUGUCGCCGCCAUUGUUUCGAGUCUCUUCAUGAUCGGACGUUCGAUCUUAUACUACGUUACGGCUCAGCCUGAGCCCAGAAAGGACAUCCCAGCUUGGAAGUUAAUGUGAAGAGGACGCUGAUGUUUGAAACUAGCAAUUAUUGUUUAUGGUGGUUGUGGAGGGCUCUAAUAUCCUCGGUGCCGUGCUGCGCUGCCCGUUGGCUUUCUUCUCGACUCGACCCGGCUGAGAAGAAGUGUUUGUUAAUAUUAUAUUUCAAACUGGAUCCUGUUCAUAUUGUUUCUGUUAAAUUGAAGGGAGCAAACUGUUGGAGGUGGGGACGUUGCUCCAUUUCAUUUCCUCCUCUUGGUAUCCCAUAGGCCAUAGCCAUACCUUUAGAGGUAAAUUUGUUUUGAUUAUAGAAGAAGUAAUUAGCAGCUACUGAAUUCUCAAAGAUCUCGAGCUGGCCUCGUCCCUUCUUUGUUGAAGGUUUAUGUCGCCUUGCUCGGGUCCGGGAUGGGGAAGGCUUUAGCGAAAAUGCGUAGAAAUAUGUUUCCUCUUUUUCUCUCCUGAUUAUCUUCCUAGCAUUACUGAAUUCUCAAAGAUCUCGAGCUAGCCUCGUCCCUUCUUCGUUGAAGGUUCAUGUCGCCCUGCUCGGGUCCGGGAUGGGGAAGUUGCUCUUUUUCUCUCCCGAUUAUCUUCCUAGCAUUACUGAAUUCUCAAAGAUCUCGAGCUAGCCUCGUCCCUUGUUUGUUGAAGGUUGAUGUCGACUUGCGCGGGUCUGGGAUGGGGAAGUUGCUCUUUUUCUCUCCUGAUUAUCUUCCUAGCAUUACUGAAUUCUCAAAGAUCUCAAGCUAGCCACGUCUCUUGUUCGUUGAAGGUUUAUGUCGCCUUGCUCGGGUCCGGGAUGGAAGGCUUUAGAGAAAAUGUGUAGUUGUCGAAGAUGUGAAUGAAACAAGUCUCGUUUACAAAACUUUGGGGUUUGGGUAUUGAUGCAAGAAAGUAGAGAUUUGUAUAGAAAGUGAAUGAAGAAGAAUUAGUCAAAAAUUGAUUUUUGUUUUUUUCUAUUUUGUCUUCAACUUUGAUCCUUCUUUCCUUCUUUCUGGGGAUUAUAACUAUGUUGCUUGUUCUUAUCUUCCAAGUCAACCAUAUUAUUUUUAA